AUGCGCCACGUCGUCCAGCUAGAAGAUCUGCGGUUAUUACAGCUACUGCGGGGGCAGCAAGCUGCCCAGCGAGCGUUCACCCGGAGCAUCAGCUGCGACAAGCACCUGGCAGUGGCUUAUUUCCAGCGCGGGACCGUCUUUUACCGCAGGCAGAACCAUGAAAAGGCCAUUAAGGAUUUCAAAGAGGCGCUGGCCCAGCUGCGAGGCAACCAGCUCAUCGACUACAAGAUCCUGGGGCUGCGGUACCGGCUCUUCGCUUGUGAGAUACUCUACAACAUCGCGCUGGUGUACGCCACGAUGGAGGACUGGAAGAAAGCCGAGGAGCACCUGACGCUGGCCAUGAGCAUGAAGAGCGAGCCCCAGCACAACAAGAUCGACAGGGCGAUGGAAGCCAUCCUGAAGCAGAAGCUCUGCGACCUGGUGGCCGUGCCUGCGGGGAAGCUGUUUCGACCGAACGAAAAGCAAGUGGCUCAGCUGGAGAAGAAGGACUACCUGGGAAAGGCUAUGGUGGUGGCAUCCGUGGUGGACAAGGACGAUUUUUCCGGAUUUGCUCCCCUCCAGCCGCAGACCUCUGGCCCUCCGCCCAGGCCCAAGACCCCAGAAAUCCUCAGGGCCCUCGAAGGGCAGCCGCACCGCGUCCUCUACGAGUUCAUCCCCGAGACUGCUGAGGAGCUGCCAGUCCUGCCGGGAAACAUCGUCUUUGUCCUGAAGAAAGAGAAGGACAACUGGGCUACGGUGAUGUUCAAUGGAAAGAAAGGGAUCGUCCCCUGUAACUUCCUUGAGCCCAUGGAGCUCCAGAACAAGCCGCACAUCCAGGAAGAGACCCCUCCUGAAGCCGAGAUCCUGGAGUCACCCAGCUCCGCCGCUCCCGAGAAGCCGCGGCGGGCAGCACCAGGGAGGGAAUGGGUCCCUCUCCCCGACCUCUCCCAGCCACGCGAGCUCUGACCUGCCACUCGCUGCCCGCAGGAGGCCGACGCGGCCAGCCCCCACGUCCUCAAGGUGCAUUACAAAUACACGGUCGCCCUGCAAGUUGAGCCGGGCCUCUCCUACACCCAGCUCCUGGACCUGGUUUGCAAGAAGCUGGAGCUCCAGCCCUGGCACACGCGGCUGAGGUACAAGCCCAGAGAGGGCCAGGCACCGGUGACUCUGAGCACGGAGAACCUGGAGACGGCGUGGAGGCAGAGCAAGGACAACUGCCUGACGGCCUGGUGCGACAUCACCGAGGGAGAGGGGUUUUCAGCAGACAGCCAAGCAGAGGAGCCGCCGCAGGAGGCCGUGCCAGAGGGGAUGGGACUGACCCAAGUGGUAGCGCAGUACAGUUACGAAGCCACCCACCCUGAAGACCUGGAGUUUCGGGCAGGAGACGUGAUCCUCAUUUUAUCCAAAGUGAAUGAAGAGUGGUUAGAAGGGCAGUGCAAUGGGAAGGUUGGCAUCUUCCCCUCCGCCUUCGUUCAGAAGUCUAACGCUGGAGACCCAGAGGUGUGA